AUGUAUAGACCUAUUAGCAAUUUCGAUAAUACGCCUAAAAGUGUAAUUUGUAGUCAAGCACAGACGGGCAAAAUUUCACUUGACCAACUAUAUUGUUGUUCUAGUAAGGAUUGUUCUACUUACUCAUCUAGUUGCAUUUCUCAAGCAGCCCAAUGUCAAGAUAUUACUAGGCUUGACGCUUGUAAACGAGCUGAUUACGAUGUAAUGUCAGCCCAAGUCUGUGGUGGUUUCCAAAAAGGUUUCUUUUGUUUGUCCGUAGAUACUUCCUCUAAAAACUAUGAAAACUACUACCGCUUUCCCGAAGCUGUCAAAUGGAUGGUGAAUCGCACUACCGUAGAAGAAUCCAAAAGCAUAACGGUUUGUGAUGAUGGAACCAAUUACAAAACAUGCAAUAUUACUAUCACUAAUAGUACUACUAGCAUACCUCACGAAGUUGUUGCUGUUACGAUUUGUGGUGAUAUAUUUCAACGGGAUUAUGAAUGCAAAUGGUAUAAUGUUACUGGUGGCACAAUAAAUGCAAUCCUUCCUCGAAAACCCUUAGGAGAAUUAUGCGGAGCAAUAGAAGUUACCCAACAAAAUAACAUUUUAAUCAUUGGCUUAGGUGCCGGUAUGGGAGUUAUGCUGAGAAUAUUAAAAGUUGCUGAAGAAGAUAUAAACGACUUUCGAUACAAAUCAUCAGAAGCCGUUAAUAAUUUACAAUUUAAAAUGUCAUUAAUAUACGACGUAUUAGAUGCUGAAAACUCAUCGGAUGAAGACGAGAACUUAUAUUUCUACGACACAUAUAUUCCCGACCUUCUCGUUGACUAA